CGCCGCCCCGCCUUGCCCUCGGGCCCCUGCGGGCUCCGCGCCGCCGCCGGGAGGUUGGCGCCCGCACCGUCACGCCGGGACCCGCCCGCCGCGUCCCCGGGGCAACCGUCUCCAGGGAGACUGCGCCCCGCCCCCGGCACCGGCUCCCGACAGAUAAAGAGCUCGGGGUGAGCAAGGCGGAAUGACACUCACCGAUUCCGAUGCCCCUUUAACCUGCCAGGCGGAGGAGCGUCUGCUGCUGGUCUCUCUUGGAUCAUUCCAGAGAGGGCAGGUGGUGUGUGAGCAGUAGAGCAGGAUGCCUCCUGGGGUGGAGUGCCCCAUGGAAUUCUGGACCGAGGAGGAAAACCAGAGCGUGGCGGUUGACUUCUUGCUGCCCACGGGGGUCUACCUGAACUUCCCGGUGUCCCGCAAUGCCAACCUCAGUACCAUCAAGCAGGUGCUGUGGCACCGCGCCCAGUACGAGCCGCUCUUCCACAUGCUCAGCGACCCCGAGGCCUACGUGUUCACCUGCGUCAACCAGACGGCCGAGCAGCAGGAGCUGGAGGACGAGCAGCGGCGGCUCUGCGACAUCCAGCCCUUCCUGCCGGUGCUGCGCCUGGUGGCCCGCGAGGGCAACCGAGUCAAGAAGCUCGUCAACUCGCAGAUCAGCCUCCUCAUCGGCAAAGGCCUCCACGAGUUCGACUCCCUGCGCGACCCAGAGGUGAACGACUUCCGCGCCAAGAUGCGCCAGUUCUGCGAGGAGGCGGCCGCCCGCCGGCAGCAGCUGGGCUGGGAGGCCUGGAUGCAGUACAGCUUCCCCCUGCAGCUGGAGCCCUCGCCGCAGAGCUGGGGCGCCGGCACCCUGCGGGUCCCCAACCGGGCCCUGCUCGUCAACGUCAAGUUCGAGGGCAGCGAGGAGAGCUUCACCUUCCAGGUGUCCACCAAGGACGUGCCCCUGGCGCUGAUGGCCUGCGCCCUCCGGAAAAAGGCCACGGUGUUCCGCCAGCCCCAGGUGGAGCGGCCCGAGGACUACACGCUGCAGGUGAACGGGAAGCAUGAGUUCCUCUACGGCAGCUACCCCCUCUGCCAGUUCCAGUACGUGUGCAGCUGCCUGCACAGCGGGCUGACCCCCCACCUGACGAUGGUGCACUCCUCCUCCAUCCUCGCCCUGAGGGACCAGCAGAGCAACCCAGCCCCCCAAGUCCAAAAGCCGCGCGCCAAGCCGCCCCCCAUUCCCAUGAAGAAGCCCUCCUCUGUGUCCCUGUGGUCCCUGGAGCAGCCAUUCUGCAUCGAGCUGGUCCAGGGCAGCAAAGUCAACGCAGACGAGCGCAUGAAGCUGGUGGUCCAGGCCGGGCUCUUCCAUGGCAACGAGAUGCUGUGCAAGACGGUGUCCAGCUCGGAGGUGAGCGUGUGCUCGGAGCCCGUGUGGAACCAGCGGCUGGAGUUCGACAUCAGCGUCUGCGACCUGCCGCGCAUGGUGCGCCUCUGCUUCGCGCUGUACGCCGUGAUCGAGAAGGCCAAGAAGGCGCGCUCCACCAAGAAGAAGUCCAAGAAGGCGGACUGCCCCAUCGCCUGGGCCAACCUCAUGCUCUUUGACUACAAAGACCAGCUCAAGACUGGGGAGCGCUGCCUCUACAUGUGGCCCUCGGUCCCAGAUGAGAAAGGGGAGCUGCUGAAUCCCAUGGGGACCGUGCUGGGGAACCCCAACACUGAGAGUGCUGCUGCCCUGGUCAUCUGCCUCCCCGAGGUGGCCCCCCACCCCGUAUACUACCCUGCCCUGGAGAAGGUCCUGGAGCUGGGGCGACACGGGGAGCACGCACGCUUCACCGAGGAGGAGCAGCUGCAGCUGCGGGAGAUCCUGGAGCGGCGGGGGUCCGGGGAGCUGUACGAGCACGAGAAGGACCUGGUGUGGAAGAUGCGCCACGAGAUCCAGGAGCGCUUCCCGGAGGCGCUGGCCCGGCUGCUGCUGGUCACCAAGUGGAACAAGCACGAGGACGUGGCCCAGAUGCUCUACCUGCUGUGCUCCUGGCCGGAGCUGCCGGUGCUGAGUGCCCUGGAGCUGCUGGACUUCAGCUUCCCAGACCGCCACGUGGGCUCCUUCGCCAUCAAGUCCCUGCGGAAACUGACGGACGACGAGCUGUUCCAGUACCUGCUGCAGCUGGUGCAGGUGCUCAAGUACGAGUCCUACCUGGACUGCGAGCUGACCAAGUUCCUGCUGGACCGCGCCCUGGCCAACCGCAAGAUCGGCCACUUCCUCUUCUGGCACCUCCGCUCCGAGAUGCACGUGCCCUCGGUGGCCCUGCGCUUCGGCCUCAUCAUGGAGGCUUACUGCAGGGGCAGCACCCACCACAUGCAGGUGCUGAUGAAGCAGGGGGAAGCUCUGAGCAAACUGAAGGCCCUGAAUGACUUUGUCAAAGUGAGCUCCCAGAAGACCACCAAGCCCCAGACCAAGGAGCUCAUGCACCUGUGCAUGCGGCAGGAGACCUACCUGGAGGCCCUCUCCCACCUGCAGUCGCCGCUCGACCCCAGCACCCUGCUGGCUGAAGUCUGUGUGGAGCAGUGCACCUUCAUGGACUCCAAGAUGAAGCCCCUGUGGAUCAUGUACAGCGGCGAGGAGGCGGGCGGCGAGGGCAGCGUGGGCCUCAUCUUCAAGAACGGGGACGACCUGCGCCAGGACAUGUUGACUCUGCAGAUGAUCCAGCUCAUGGACGUCCUGUGGAAGCAGGAGGGGCUGGACCUGAGGAUGACACCCUAUGGCUGCCUCUCCACCGGGGACCGCACGGGCCUCAUUGAAGUCGUGCUUCACUCGGACACCAUUGCCAACAUCCAGCUGAACAAGAGCAACAUGGCGGCCACGGCUGCUUUCAACAAGGACGCCCUGCUCAACUGGCUCAAGUCCAAGAACCCAGGGGAGGCCCUGGACCGAGCCAUCGAGGAGUUCACCCUCUCCUGCGCCGGCUACUGCGUGGCCACCUACGUGCUGGGCAUCGGCGACCGGCACAGCGACAACAUCAUGAUCCGCGAGAGCGGGCAGCUGUUCCACAUUGACUUUGGCCACUUUCUGGGGAAUUUCAAGACCAAGUUUGGAAUCAACCGCGAGCGAGUCCCUUUCAUCCUCACCUAUGACUUUGUGCAUGUGAUCCAGCAGGGGAAGACGAAUAACAGUGAGAAAUUUGAAAGGUUCCGGGGCUACUGCGAGAGAGCCUACACCAUCCUGCGCCGCCACGGGCUGCUCUUCCUGCACCUCUUUGCCCUGAUGCGGGCGGCCGGCCUGCCGGAGCUCAGCUGCUCCAAGGACAUCCAGUAUCUCAAGGACUCUCUGGCUCUGGGAAAAACCGAGGAGGAGGCGCUAAAGCAUUUCCGAGUCAAGUUUAACGAAGCCCUCCGGGAGAGCUGGAAAACCAAAGUGAACUGGCUGGCUCACAACGUUUCCAAGGAUAACAGGCAAUAGCAGCCCCUCCCCGGCCCCCCAGUCCCUCCUCGCCCUGCGCUGGAGAUGAGGCCGACCUGCCACCCGGGGAGCCGGGACCCCCCCGGCCGUUCUUUGGGAGCCUCAAAGCCUGACCUGCAGCUCAUGGGAAAGAACCUGCACAACUGCCUUUGUUUACACUGAAAGAAAUCCUCAUGGUUAUUUAUUUACGAUUUGGAACGUUGAAGGGGCUCAACAGCCAUAAGCGGAAAUGGUCCCUUUGGGCUCAGCAGGGAGGACUGUGUCCGCCAGUGACUCGCGUCAGAACCCCCGGCACCCCAAGGCCGCACCUGGCUCCUGGCUGAGGCGCGUAAGCCCCGUCUUCCAGCUGGUGGGUCUGCACCCAGCAAAGACUCGCUUCCUCCCCGGGGAGCCUGCCUUCCUCCCAGAUCCCCCCGACCACGAGGUCACCUGGUGCCUACCACCUCCCCCGUCAGAUCACCUCCUGUCACCCCGUGUUUCCCACCCCUGUGUCCGCUCCACCGACUGUGAGCUCCAGGCACCCAGAGGAAGCCUGGGCACCCUCCAGAUUCAGGGAUGCUUGCGUUUUGUUCUUAAAGUAACUCUUGGUACGAGAAUUCUCUCAUUUCUCUGCUGUAAAGCAAUUUUGUUUGCGGGUAAGGAAAAAAAAAUAGCCUAACUACUUACUGAACCUCUGUGGCUCAGAACUGACCCAGCCUCCGUGAAAUAAGACAUGCCGGGCCUCAAGAUGUGCUUUAAAAUGUUUAAAAAAAGAGAUUAGAGUGUGUCUCUCUGCUCAUCCUGGUCUCAGGCAAGGGGAAGGCAGGUCAAAGAGAAUUUGUGCAAUUCCCUGUGCCUCUUCAAGCAGGGGAAGCCCUGCACUCCCCUUUCCAGAAGGGAAAAGUUUACUUCCGAAAGCCUGCUGUGAGAGUAAUCAGGUGCGAGAAGCAGGAUGCUGUGGAAUUUGACUUAGCGUGGACAGGGCCAGGCUUAGCCUUGGGCCUCAGGGUACAGCGAGGCUGGCUCAGCCGUUUCCAAAUGCCUGGGUCUGCGAAGCUCUAAAAUGCAGAUUCCUGGGCUUCUCCCAGCCUCCAGAAGCAGACUCUGGAGCUGGGGCUUGGAAAGUGGUUUUUAGACACCCACAGGUAGCAGCAGGCUCGGGACCCACCUGGCCAGACUGCUGACCCCUCAAAGGCCUUCCAGAGCCCGGGCUCAGGUGCGCAGCUUAUAAGAGCCCAGUUUGGGGUUAGAGGCAAGAGGAGGGGGCUGCUCCCUGUGGGCGGGGUGGCUGGCUGCGGGGGGGCUUUGCUGUCUGUCCAUCAGCAUCCGCUUCACCCACAGGGCGCCCGUCUCGUCUGCACUUUUUGUUCCAAAGUGUGCUGGAUUAGAUGCACCUCGCCCAUUCCGAAAUAAGAAAAGCCAAGUGUAUGUAUGUAUAUAUAUAUUAUGUUAUUUAUUUACAAGCAUCUGGGUGCCCCCUGGCAUGGGUGGCUGAUGUUGCACAUACACAGCAAUUUUGGUUUGGGUGUGUUCGUCUGUGUGCCUGGUAAGAAAAAAUAUUUUCUAUUUUUUUAAAUCAUUUAAUGUUUCUCUAUGGGGGAGGUGAGUUAAAUGUAACUGUUGUGGUCUGAGACGAGUGCUGUCUGAAACCUUGAAUAAUGAGAGGUAAAAACAGAUUAAAAAAAUAAAUAAGUCUUUUUUAUGUUA